AUGAAAAUUCUAAGCUACAAAGAUGAACAUGAACAUGAACAUGGUCAACACCUUGAUGUUUCUAAUAACCUUUUGGACUCUAUCCCAGAUGGGUUUAUUUCCGCUUGUGGAAAAACUGAGAGUUUAAAGCUUUUGAAUUUUAGUAGAAAUGUGUUGAAUGGUGUUUUGCAUACUUUUCGUGGUUUUGGUGGAUUGGAAUCACUUGACAUGUCUUUCAAUAACUUGAAAGGAAGCAUUGGUUUGCAGUUAGAUGGAAUGGUUAGUCUCAAGUCUCUUGAUCUCAGUAACAAUACUUUCACUGGGAAAAUUCCAACUAACCUUGGAAGGUCUAUGGUUUUAGAGCAGCUUGUGCUUUCAAACAAUCGUUUCCAAGGAACAAUCCCUGAACAAAUUUUGAGCUAUAAAAAUUUGACUGUGAGUGAUUUUAAGGCAAAUGAUCUUUCUGGGUUUAUUCCAUCAAAUAUUGACAUUCUUUCCAAAUUGGAAUUUUUGAGUCUUUCCUCUAAUAAACUAGUUGGCAAAAUCCCAAUGACAAUUAUGAACAUCACAUAUCUUGGAAGAUUUGCAGCUAAUCAAAAUCAGUUUACCGGUCCAGUUCCUUUUGGAAUUACAAAAUAUCUCAGUUCGUUGGAUCUUAGCUAUAAUCAUUUAUCCGAGUCCAUUCCCGAAGGCCUUUUAUCUCCACCGCAGCUAGUGCUUGCAAAUUUGUCCUAUAACAGGUUGCAAGGGCCUGUACCUAUAAACAUUUCACAUAGUUUAGUCAGGUUAAGAUUAGGUGGAAAUUCCUUGACAGGAGAGGUUCCUUCGAGUACUUGCAAUGAAGUCGGACAUAAUUUGACAUGCAUAGAGCUGGAUAAUAAUCAGUUGACAGGUUUGAUACCUCCUGAAUCAGGUUCUUGUAAGAAAUUGGCCUUGUUGAAUUUGGCUGAGAAUCAAUUGACUGUUGCAUUGCCACCAGAACUUGGAAAUCUUAUCAGUCUUCAAGUCUUGAAGCUUCAAAUGAAAGAAGAGAGAGUGAAAAAGGGGAACCUGUUAUUGUGA